AGCACAACGCUCCUGCUGCUGGCUUUUCCACUUCCAUCGCGCAGUCUUGUUGCCGGACCGGACGCGGUCUUGCCCCGAACACACGAGAACGCAGUGAUCGUGCUCGACAAAUCGAGCGAUACGGUUUUCCGAAAGCAACACCCGGUGCCCGUCUAUUCGUCGAGUGUGCUUUCUCAGGAUCGUUCGCUAACCGAGGAACUCAGUCACCGCGGUGUACAGGUGUGAGAAAUUAUAAUUGCAGUGCGCCUCGAUGUGAGGACGGUGCUUUCAUGAGGGAUUAACGAAGAGGAAUCACCCGGAGCUGAGAGAGACAGCAGCACCAACAUGCGGGAGAAAAGGUGGCUUCUGCUCGCUCUGUGCGGUAUCGUUUUGGCCAAUGCAGUUUCGGCUGCAGUGAAGCCAACCAGGCCGAAAUUCAAGAUCGCGACAACCUCGACUACAACAACGUCGACAACCACUACCGAGGAGAACGAGAACGAGGAUCCAGAGCCAACGACAACGACGGUUGCUACUGAGACGAACGGGACAACGGGGCACACCCUGACGGGAAUUCCCCAGAUCGACUACAUCUGGGAUCCUAAUUUGCCACGUGAACUGAACGGUUACAAUCUCAGCGACUAUCCAUUCUACAACAGCAUACCAGAGGACAUCGACUUCAAAUGCGACGGGUUGCACGAUGGGUUCUACGCGAGCGUGCCUCACAAAUGUCAGGUGUAUCAUCACUGUCUCUUCGGUACGAGGUACGACUUCCUCUGCGCGAACUUUACUGCGUUCGACCAGAAGACCUUCAUCUGUCACUUCGUGUCCGAGGUCGACUGUGCCAACUCGAAAAAGUACUGGCAUAGGAACGACGCCCUCUACAAGGCGGCGACAACCACGACGACGUCCACCUCGACGACCACGACGACGACGACGACGCCGUCGCCAGCUCCUGUGGAAGCAGGACGAUCGAGAGACAGGGAUCCUCCGAGAAGAAGAUGGCCAUUGAGAAGACGACCUGCGUACGAUUACUACGACGAUGAGUACUACGACGACGAGUACAGUCGCCCUCGUGGCUAUAGUAGGGACGAUUACGACUACGAAGACAGAAAGUACACAAGGGACAGGCAUCGAGAGUUCAGAGAUCGAGAUCGCGAUUUUCGAGAGAGAGAUGGUCCAAGACCAAGAGACGGAAUUGUCAGGGACGACAGAGAUCGAGAUACGAGUGCCAGGGACAGAUAUCAGAACAGAAACAAUAGGAGAGAUCCUACCAGGAUGAGGGACCUGUUACAUCCUCUGGAAGAAGACGCAAAGGUCAGGCCAAGAGACCCUGAAUCAGGACCGAGGUCUGCUUCCAGAGAGGUCGACGAGGCGGAGCUGGAAGAUCGACGAAGCGAUUCUAGAGUCAGGGACACCGACGACCGUCGGUACUCUGAUAAAAGAUACAGGGACGAGUACGACGACAAAGUGUCUGCUCCCUCGUCUGCGGUCACGGAGACGAAACUGGAUGGCCUGGUGAAGCCUGCGGCACCCAUAGCUUCCGUUUACGCGCGACCAAGAGCCCCACCAAAAAUUCGAAGACCAGUCCCGCUCUCUGAACAGGACAAAUACGCUUACAAAUCGACCACCGUUCAGCCCACAGAGGAUUCUCGAAGGAGACCCGUGGACAUGGCAGAAGACGAUUACUACGAGGACGAACUGGAGGAUUUUCGUCCAGUUCGAAGACCGCAUAGAAGAAGACCGUCCUACAGAGAAAGAGAGAGAGAUUUCUACGAUAGCAGGGACAGAGAAAGGGACAGAGACCGAGUCUUCAGAGGCCGUUACCGAGACGAGGAGGAGGAGGAGGAGGAGGAGCUGCGGCCUAGAAAACACCCCGAUCGCUCGAGAGAUCGCUACUACGAUCGAGAGAGGGAUCGAGGUGACGACAGAGGCGUCGAUCGAGGAAGAGAUCGAUCCCUCGACCGUAGCAAAGAUCGGCCCGUGGACCGUGAUCGUGGACGAACGCAAGACGCUGACAAAUCGGACAGACCUUACUCGACUCGAGUUCUGGACAGAGAAAGGGACGUGGACCGUUCUAGAACUGGCUCCAGAGGGAAAGAGCUGCAAGACAGCACCGAUUUGACUGGCAGGAAAUCCAACGGUUACGAUAGAACGACUAGCAGCGCGACAACGACAACGUGUCUGCCCGAGCAGCUGGUUCACAAAUCCGAAUCAAACGCCAAGGAUCCAGUGAACGAUCGUUCCGAGAGACCAACGCAAGAAAGGCCAGCCAGACCACUGCAAAGCUCGCCGACACGACCACCACCGAUCGAACAAGGGGAACCUCAUAGAACGAACCAGCAGCAGUCCGCCGAGUACCCAGAAAGGGACCAGGACGAUAGACGCGAGCAGAGUCAGUACCAGACUGGCUCUUUGGAGGAAUAUUCGCAAGAUUACUACGACGAACCUGAUGAUCCACCUGCUCCACCCCCGCGAGCCACGGUCCGCAUCGUGAAACGACCAUUCCUACCGUCCAGAGGCGGAAAUUCCAACCCGAGGGGCUUGUCGUCGGUCGGCUCGAAGGCCACCACGCCUAAACGGGAAGAAGAUAGACCGACGGAGAGGAGCACGGUUCAGGAGAGACCCAACAACUACUACGGGCACGACACGAACCAACAGAGUCCCUCGCCUCGUCAGGAAUCCAAGGCGCGACAAGAAGAGAAGGAAAGCUACGACGCGUACAAAGCUAUUCACAUCGAAAGUCAACGCGAGCAUACCUCGGACGACUACGACACGUCCAUAGCCAGACCUGCGGUUCGACGACCUGUCGAUCGACAGCGGGAGAACGAGCACAAGUCUGCGGACGAACCGUAUACUAGAGGAACUAAGCAAGGACAGCAGCAGGCCGAUCGACAGGAUUUUGAUGAUGGGUUGGCCAAGUGGCCCUCCGAAGACUAUUCUUCGGAGGGAAACGCCCAGACUCCGAGUUCCUCGGUUCGGAACAAGGGAAGACUGACUGCCAGUGAGAGCCCUAACGUCUACGGAUCCUCGUAUAAAACUGACGAGAACCAAGAGCAUCCUACCGGUCCAGCCAAUCUCAGGGUGAAGCAGAGGAUCAACGAGGUGACGCAUCGACUCCAGGAUAUCCCAGAGAGCGAGUACGACGUCACUUUAAAUGACGCCUUGACGCCCACGUUAAAUCAAGAACCUAAUCUGCCCAGCGGAUUCGUGCUGCCACUUCAUAGACAGAUAGGAAGAGAUCCAGUCCUCGAAUCGUCUGAAAACAAUUACAAGGUGUCAAGGCCGGUUAAUCAACAACAGAAGCCCUUCGUGGCCAGUCCUCAGUUUCUACCCGCAGCCAAUGGGGACAGGCUGAGAACCAUGUACUACAGACCAUCAGAGUCGAUUCAGCUCAGCGGAACGCAGUACCGGCAGACCGGACCGUGGCAAGAUUACACCGGAUAUUGAUACUAAUUCCAACGCGUAAAGUACAUUCGGAAUGUCGAAAAGCUUCGGUAUGUUACUUUUCUCGAUUCGUGGACGAGUGAAAUCCACUUGGGUCGCCAUCGAAUUGGUUAUAUACAGAGUUGGAUGAAUGUUGUUCCGAACAACGAAUAAGGAAUUACGAAUAAAUCUGCGAUUCGAAUAAGAGUUUAUUCUUUACUCGAAAGGUUCCGUAAACGAAUGAACGUCGUCAAGAAGCGACGUUUAUUUGUAAACAUCGAGUUGUUCGAUCGAAACUUUAUUCGUCAUUCUGGAAUAACUAGAUUUACUCGCGACUUUUAUUCGAAUAUUGUUCCAACUAGAAUUGAUUCGAAACAAUCUGUUUGAAAUUUUAUUCGAAUAACGUCCAGCUCUAAUUGAAAGUAAUCUCCGUGUAAUUCAAACGAAAUCGAGUCCUCGGCGUUUUAGUUAUUCGGAGGUUAACCGUACAUACAUAGUCGAGGGAACAGUAGUGACUUCCGACUUGUUUUGGGAACAAGAAAACAUUAUUGGACUAUAGGUCACGUCGGUCCGACUUUUCGAUGUCUUUCAUGCAGGAGAAACCGGAUUGCUUCCGUGUUUCGGAUUCUUCAAAAUAAAAUACGAAUAUUUAAAUAAUCAAAUAAUUAUCGUGAUGUUGACAAGCAUCGAGCGUAGCAACAAGAUCGAACAGAGUACUCUAAAAGUAACGAUAAACGCAAUCACGGAUCUAUACUUAUCGAGGCCUGAACUUCAUUGCUUUUGCGGACUCUUUUUUUCUUUUCUGAAAUAUUUUGCCAAGGACAAAAAGGUAUUGCUGUGAAAAUUUACUUAUCCUCCCACUAUUUUGCGACCGUCGGUACUCAGUGUUGCGUAGGAAAAAACAGCCAACAAAUAUUUGGUCA